CGCCUUCUCUUCCCUGCCUCCCUCCCUUUCUCCCCUUUAUAUUAUGAUGGCCAUGCAGUACGAUCGUUAUGAGUCACCUACCGUAGAUCGGGUUGUUGAUGAUAAAUUGCCAUCCGACACGAGGCGAGAACUGGAGAAGCACAUUGUCUUGAGUGACGCAUCACAAACGACGAGGCUAGGGUCAAAAACGCGUAUCCUACGAGCUUCCGAUGUUCUGUUAUCCUUAGCGGGCAGAUCGACGAGCGGUAUGCUGCUUCCCGGUUACCUACAUAUCGAUGCAUGAGGGAUACUUUAUGGGGAGCUAAUCAAGCAUGAAUGGGAGUACUAGAUACGCAGGAACCAUCGGUUGCCGUUGAAAACUUCCAGGAAGUGCUUCGUUUGUAUCCACCGUUCCGAGAUGACGACGGUGCUAUUCUUGGGGCGGUCGAUAUCCGAUGCCCGGACUGUGAUGCGGUCUUUUCCUCCCAGAAGGAAUUGAAGCAGCAUUACCUGACCAAGUACUGUCCUGGGACUGCGGUUGCUGUAUAUGUGAUGACACGAGAUCGUUUAAUCACAAAGGGCUACCGUAUGGAAAAGCGAUUUAUUCCACUAGAUUCUCGACCAGUUCGAUUCUACUGCGGUAGUUGCGAGAGACAUUUUGCCGUCGACGACGGUAAACUUCUAGAUAGACAGCGACAUGUUCCAUCGUAUGUCCAGUGCGGACAUUGUGGAGAAAAGUGCAACAUCUCGUC